AUGGCCUCACACGAUGACAGACACGCCCACAAGCACAAGCUGGGCACGCUGCGGCUGCGGCACGAGCACACCAACGAGGUGCUGCUGAUCCCGACGCCGUCCGACGACCCUCGCGACCCGCUCAACUGGCCCCGCUGGUACAAGAACUACGUCGCCGGCCUCUCGGCCUGGGCCAUCUUCUUGUCGACGUUCAGCGCGGCCGGCCCGUCGGCGGUCCUGACCAACAUCACCAUCAGCUUCUUCGGCCCGCCCGGCCCGACCUUUCUGGCCGCCAUUGCCAAGGCGGCCUACUUUAUUACCGUCUGCGCCCUCAUGAUGGGCAUGAGCAACCUGGUCUGGGUCCCGCUGAUGAUCAAGUUUGGCCGCCGCCCCGUGUACAUUGGCUCCUACCUCCUCUUCAUCGGUACCACCGCCUGGGCCGCCAGCGCCACGAGCUACUCGAGCAUGCUGGCGGCCACCGCGCUGCUGGGGUGUGCCGCCGGCGCCGGUGAGGUGCUGGGCCCGCUGACCAUCUCGGACCUGUUUUUCGUGCACGAGCGCGGCACGAUGAUGGUCAUCUACACGUGCACGCUGUCGGCCGGCACGGGCGUGGGCUCGGUGCUGGCGGGCGCCAUCACGGCGACGACGCUGCGGUGGCAGAACGUGUACUGGCUGUCGUGCGCCCUGGUGGCCGCGACGGCCGUCCUCAUGUUUUUCACGCUCCCCGAGACAACCUUUCCGCGGCACGGCGGGCCGGACCAGCCCGGUCGUCCUGCCACGGCCACCAAAGAGGACGCUGCCGUUGUCGAGACCACGGAAACCAAGGAGGACAUGGCCGGCAUCGAGCAGGGCCUUGCGGCGACGGCCAACACGCAGCGCGUCGCCGGCCAGCGGCCGUCCCUUGCCGAGAUCGUCCGCAGCCGCCCCACGUCCUACACCUCGGAGGCGCUCUGGACGCUGUCGCUGCGGCCCAUUGUGCUCAUCAUCCUGCCCUCGGCGCUGUGGGCGUCCCUCGUCAUGGCCGUCAGCAUCGGGUUUCUCGUCGCCAUGUCCAGCAACGUGUCUGUCGCCUUUUCGCAGUUUUACCACUUCUCCACGUGGCAGGUCGGCCUGAGCUACCUGGCCGGCGUCAUUGGCUCCGUGGUGGCCGUCUUUUUCGGCGGGGCCCUGUCCGACUUUGUCGCCGACUACUUUACACGCCGCAACGGCGGCAUCCGCGAGCCCGAGAUGCGGCUGCCGGCCAUGCUCAUCAGCCUGGUCACGGGGCCCCUGGCGCUGAUCCUGUACGGCGUCGGCAUCGGCAACCAGCUGCACUGGAUGUGUCCCGUCAUGGGCAUUGCUUUGAUCAACUUCACCAUUGUCCAGGCCGGCAACAUUUCCAUUGUGUACAUGAUUGACUGCUACCGCCCCGUUGCCGGCGAGGUCACCAUGACCCAGUACACCUUCAAGUCCCUCUUUGGCUUCCUGCUCAGCUUCUACACCAACGACUGGAUCUCCCACUCGGGCUACGUCGCCGCUUUUGGCGAAAUGGCUGCCAUUUCCGGUGGCGUCUUUUUGUUUAGCUUGCUCUUCUUCUUUUACGGAAAGCGAAUCCGCCUCGCGACCUGGGACUGGGCCAUUAUGCGCAUGUUUGUCCACUGGAAGGGCGACCGCGAAGUGGGCGAGUGA